ACUAUUGAGGAAAAAUAAUACUACUAUAUAAAAAUCUUGAUAUCCGUGCACAUUGUGAUUGAAAUCUAUCCAAAGUUCCACAUUCUUGGGUAUCUGAUUCUAUAAUAAAGAAUGUUUGCUGAUUUCAAAGCUAUCCCAUCUGAUUUUAGCGACCACACUACUCUUUUUUUCCAAGCUCCCAGUUCUCUUAAACGGUGAUUCAAUUCUUGUCCUCUUUAAAGAGUUAAUGAGAUUUCAUAAGAUGGGAAUGUAAAAUACUGGGAUGUUGCAUCACAUUCAUCAUUUUUUUAAUUAUCUUGAUUUGUGUGCCUUAAUUUAAAAUUACUCUGAAAACCGAAGUUUUUAUUAAUGUGCAUGUUUUGGUCUUUGUAACGACCAUUUGUGCCUAUAGGAAGUUACUUCUAUGACAAAGUCUGCACAUUGUUUCUUCUUUUUAGGACAAGUCUAAUGUUUAGGUUUCAACAAGUCCAUUAGUUAAGUGUCUAUUUACAAACCAAUCUGUAAGUUUCACCCAUCUACUUGUUCAAGCUGACCUGAGACCAUUAGAUAACUAAACACUAAAAUAUCUGCCAUAUAAGAGAGGAUUCUUAUGAGCAUUUUCUCAGAUCAGAGAAACUGAAGUUGGUCCAUGUGAUAUUGUUAAAUGGUUAAGAAGGGUUGGUUUAGCAUGUUUAAGAAGCUCUUUUUAUGGAACACACAUUCCUCACAAGAGAAGAAGGAGAAAAGAAGAAGGGCUUGGAUAUUUGGGAGGGUUAAGACCAAGAGAUUGCCUUCAAUUACAGCUCCACCACCACCACCUUCAAAAGAAACAAGACUAAGUGAGGCUGAGGAAGAACACAGCAAGCAUGCUUUGACAGUGGCCAUUGCUUCAGCUGCUGCUGCUGAAGCUGCUAUUACUGCAGCUCAGGUUGCUGUUGAGGUUGUUAGGCUCCAAUCUGCUGCUCAUCUACAACUUAAAGAAAAACAAGAACAACUUCAAUUACAACCUUUUAAAACUAGCCAUGAUGCUCCUCAGAAUACACACCAACGCCAGAGGAAGAUUCAAGAAUCUUCAGCCAUCAAAAUUCAAACAGCAUAUAGAGGUUACCUAGCAAGGAAAGCUUUGAGAGCAUUGAAGGGAAUAGUGAAGCUUCAAGCUAUCAUUCGUGGAAGAGCUGUGAGACGCCAAGCUUUGAGUACUCUAAAGUGCUUAGAGUCAAUAGUAAGUAUCCAAUCACAGGUCUUCGCAAGGAAAUCCCAAAUGGUUGAAGAAAGAUGGGAUUGUGGUGAACAUGAAGAGAUGCAAGGUUCAAGAGACAAGAUAAUAAGGAUGGACUCAAACAGUGAGAGAACGUGGGAUGACAGCAUUUUGUUGAAGGAAGAGGUAGAUGCCUCUUGCGUAAGCAAGAAAGAAGCAGUUCUUAAGAGAGAAAAAGUAAAAGAAUACUCAUUUAACCACAGAAGGUCAGCUGAAUCAGAAAGAAAUAAAAUAAAUGGAAGAUGGAGGUACUGGAUGGAGCAGUGGGUAGACACACAACUUUCUAAGAGUAAAGAACUUGAAGAUUUAGACUCAGUUUUCAGCUCACAUUAUUCUAGACCUGGGGAGGAAUGUGGAAGGAGACAACUAAAGCUUAGAAAUUUUCAGAGACAAAACCAGAUUGAAGCAUUAGAUUCUCCAUCACUUUCUUCAAGGAACCAAACUUCAGGGGCAGAAGAUCACUCAGUUCCAAGCUCUCCUGCAAUUCCUACAUACAUGGCUGCAACAAAAUCAACACAAGCAAAAGCAAGAUCAACAAGCUCCCCAAGAGCAAGGAUAGGAGGGAAUUUUGACAUCAACUCUGAUAGCUAUUCACCAUGCAAGAAUAAGUUACCUAUUGUGACUUCUAUUAAUGGUGAAGUGCUUAGUAAUGGUAGGAUUGGCAAGCUCAGCAGUAAUCAGCAAAGAUCACCUAGCUUAAAGGGCCUUCCAAGACCUCUAAAAUUAAGUCAAACAUUGAGGGGUCUUAGCAUUAAUUCAGAUUGCCCAGUGCCAAUUUGAGAUCAACAAAGUUGCUUCAUGUGAUGGAUAUUAUUCCUAAUAGUUCCAUGAGGAGGCUUGAAGUGAGAAAAUUGUUUGUUUGCUAUGUAUAUGGAAGUAAAACAUAAAGUUGUUAAUUUAUUCACUAAAUAGUUCUGACUUGUGUCUUUUAAACC